UUUCUUUUAAUUGAGUGUCCUCAACUUCUUCUCAUAAUUUUCUCUGUUUUCUCCUUCUGUUAUCCUUUAGAGAGAUCCAUAAAGGUUCAACUCCAACAAGAAAAACUCGAUUUCAAUUUCCUUAGAAGUUAAUAGUGUUGCUUCUCGUGAUUUUGUCUAAUGGGUAAUUGCGUGAACUCUCCUGCACGAGUAGAUAACAGAGAAAGCUCUUUUGGAGGGUCAUCGAGAAUUUCACCUAAAGCGAGUCAGCCAUCAAGACUCUCAAACCUCAUAAUACCCUCUUACAGCAACAGAAGCUUCACUAGUUCAUUGUCAACACAUACACCAAGAAGUGAAGGAGAGCUCUUACCUUCUCCAGCAUUAAAGGCCUUUACAUUUAACGAGCUCAAAACCGCCACUAGAAAUUUCAAAGACAACAAUCUUAUUGGUGAAGUGUUUGAUAGAGAAACGGUAAUAAAUAAGAUGUGGGUUUAAACAAAGACGUCUUAUUAAUGGUCGGAGAGAAAACGUUCAGUCGGUUACAAGGGAAAAGAAGAGAACGCGACAGAAAGAAAGUCGGUGGCUCGAUAAGCUACCGGAAAAGUACAACUAACGGCGAGAUGAAUCAAAGGUGAAAACCCUAAUCUAGCCGCUAAGUGUUAGUCAGUGAUUUCGGAUCCCCUUUUCGUCGUCUCUCCUUUCUUUUAUAUAGACGUCUUUAUGCCUCGUUCUUGACCUAAUUUACGCCAUCUUGGUGAGCCUCCUCUGCUGGGCCGAGAAGCCCGUAGGCGUCCGAGCAGUCGCUGAGCCAAACGUACUUCAGUCGAUGAUGAUCAACUAAAAGUACUCAAGAGUCAAGCCGAGAGACCUGACUCUCGAGCCGACCGAUCGAGCCGUCGCUCCUCCUAAUUCGGGUCAGGCCUUCCUAUUCCUCGGGCCUUGUGGGAUGGUCAAAUCCAUCCUCUACAGUAAGUCCCCCCCUAGUCCAUUAGUGAGCGGAGUGCUUUCCAGCUCGUGAUGGAUUCUAAGGUUUGGAGGUUUGAGGGAAUAGAAGGCCUGUCGGAAGGUUAGAACGGUUGGUCGAUGAGUCGCACAGCGUUGUUCUCUCGGAAGCGAGCAGUAGCGGCUUUUAUCUCUUCUUUUGGUCGUCGUGUCGCAGGAAGGGUUCGUCGCGAAGGUUCGCUGGACAUUUGGGAGAGUUUCAAGGCUCAUUUAGGCCCGUUUAGGCUUAAUGACGACACCUCGAAUUCCCCCCCCUUUUUUUUUUUGCUUUUAAAUGAACCGAGAAGUCGAAACGUCGCGAGGGUCCGCUGGGUUUUUAGGGCGGAUUUCGAGGCCCGUUUGGGCCCGAAUAGACCUAAUGAUGGCGCCUCGAGUUCCCCCCCCCUCUCUUUUCCUUAUAAAUACGCAGACCCCCCUUCAUUUCUUCAAGUUUUUCUCCGCGAUCGAAGGUACUUUCUCUCUCUAUCCUUUAUCUCUCUAAGCGUUGUUAGAUUCAUUCGAAACAUUCUUCACCGUUCCGUUCCGCGAUGUCGUCGGGUCAGAGGCUAUCGAAGCAACAGAAGGGAAAGGCAGUCGCAGCGAUGUCGAAUCCGACAAGGAAUCUCGACGGGGGUCGUGUCGGGGACCCGGAGGCGAUUCAUCGCGCGGCGAUGAUGGACACGGCGAAUCUAUCCCGCUCUCAUCGACUUCUGGUUGCGGAUGCUGCGAGACUCGCGAGAGAAGGAUGUCAGAACGUCGUUGCGAGGGAUGCAAUGGAAUGUUCGAGAGACGGACAGAGCAGGGCGAUGCCCGUUGACUCGAUCACCCUGAGAGCUCGACCUGCGGAGGUUGGUCUCUCGGAGGAUGAUGAUUCUGAGGCCGAGUUCUUCCCGACCACCUUUUACCCCGAUGGGAUUUUCGAAGAGCUUCCUCAACUCCAUCCCGAUUUAUUGCGUCCUGCCUUCUUGGCCGGUCAGGACUGGGAAGGCGUAGAGGAGACGAAGUCGACUCUUGGAAGCGUGAAGAGGGUUCUUUGGGCUGCGGGUGCCGUAGGCGUGACCUUCCUUGUGCCUACGGAAGCGCAGAGACCCUGGUCUCCUCCGAUGGGGUACCAGACGGUGUAUGAAUCCUAUUUUCAGGAAGACACUCGUUGCUGGUUCCCCAUCCCACGACUGAUCACAGCAUACGCCAGACGUCGAGAUCUCGCGAUCAGUCAGCUGCUGAAUGGCUCGCUGCGUCUAGCGGUCACUUUGUCGGUUUUGGCGGAGCAGAUCGACAUGCCGAUGAGCAUUAGGUCGUUCGAGGAGAUGACCUCGAUAACCGACAUGAAAGAUGGCACUUACUCGGUGAAGAUGCGACCGAACUACAAUGUGUGUGCCGGUCAUCCGAAUAAGACGCAGAAUUGGCAGCGCUCCUACUUCUUCCUUAAGUCCGACAGCUCGGCCUUCGAGGAGCCUCCCCAAGAUGAUUAUCGAGUUCUUUGGAACCGUUCUUGCGGUAGAAUACUCUGUCGCGAACCGUAAGCGAUUUGUCGAUUCUAACCAACCAUUUUUUUGCUUUGUAUGCAGUUGGCCAUCCUACCUCCCCAGCUUAUCCCGAAGAUUUCUUGAGGAGUGUUCGCGCCGUCGCUCUGCUUCGAGUCUAUCGUUGGUCUGAGAUCUCCGUCGAAAGGAUCCGUGAGCUUAAGGAUCGAAUCGCUCGAAGAGAGUGGAGAUCCGACCUUCCGACCGCUCUUCCCAUUCGUGCUAAGCGACUGGACAUCUUCCCGAGAGACAUCCAAAAACAAAUUACCGAGGCGAAGAAGAUGGGCACUCUUCCUGAUUUGAGCGCAAUAAUAGCGGCCCAGCUGGGGCUGACUAGCGGGGAAGGACCCUCAACGGCGGUUCCUCGUUCUGACGAGGUUUUCCCUUCCGAUGCCAGAAGUGCGGGGAAGGGAAAGAAAAGAAAAAGAGGCGAUGGUUCGGGAGCCGGGAGGAGUACUGAGGAGACGAGUGAUGUCCCUCCUUCCAGUGAGCCCCGGAAGAAGAGCAAGAAGAAAAGGACAAAAAAGAAGUCUACCGGCGAGCAGUUGGAAGAUGCUGACGAGCAGAUCGAGCAAGAGGAAGAGGGUGCUCGAGGAGAAGAAAUUCAGCCCGAAGAGGGGGGUUCUGAGGUUGAAGCCUCGGAGGGACGGAAUGACGAGGAGGGAGUAAGUGAAGGAGGGGAACGCGAGACUUCAUUUAAUGCCGCCUGCUCGGAUGAUUCUGAGGAAGGUAGCGAAGGGUCGCCACUCCUGAUAAGGAGGGAAAUGACGAAGACGAUGAUGAGAGGCGGUCUCCUGUUCUGACGUUUCCUCGCGAGAGAACUCCAGUUCCCGUCGGAGGAGGGGCCGUCCAGAUCGGUACUUCUUCCCGUGGCUCGGCUAUCCUAAGGAGGGCUCCCGGAUUCAGCUUUCCCGAUAAGGUCGACUUCCAUUACGAGGGACCGGCUCCCUUAGUGUACGUUCCAGAGAAAUGUGGGGAGUUUCUCUGUCAACUAAGAGGGAGGGCGAAACCUCUUCCUGCCGUGAAGGACCUUAUCUUCGGGGGUGAAUACGAAGAAGCUGCAAGGGCCAAACUGUUGGUAAACGGCUUGGUCCUUUUUUUUUUAUUUAAAUUCCUUGACUCCUAACCUCUCACGAUUUCCAUUGUGUCGCGUGUUCAGGGUGAUAGCACGAUGAAUGUCGUGAUUGAUAAAUACGACACGGCGCUUAAAGGAGCCUUGGAGGAGCUCGAGCUGGCCAAGAAAGAGUUUGCUGAGAAGGAAGAGGUUUCUGCUCGUCAACUGAACGAGUCAAGGGCCAAUCUGCAGAAGCUCGACGGGGUGAUGGCUCGCACCGUUGCUCGACGCGAUGAGUUUAAAGCCGCGCUGGAGUCGUCUCGAAGAACCAUCCGCGAGCUUGAACAGAAGAAUACUGACCUCGAGAGCGAGAGGGCUUCGCUCGCUGUCACGCACGAGCGGGAGAUGAAACGUCUGAGAGACUCCAGAAUCUUGGAGGUGACGAGAGAAAGGGGGAGAGUUGAGGCAGAAAUGACCGCCAAGGCUAGUCGUUGCUUCGCCAGGAUUCGUUCUCGAGAGGAGCGUCGGGGUCCUUACGACGAGGCUCGGUUACUUUACAGCCAAGCCUUUGGGACUAGGAAGUGCCUCGAGGCCUUGAAAGGAGCCGGGAACGACAUACCGCAAGCCUCUAUUGAUAUGUUCGUCGAGUACGAGAGGAAGUACGAACAAGAGGCUGAGCAGCUGAAGGUUGGCGAGAUCCCUGAAAGCGAUUUUAGACUCUCUCCUCUUGUGUUGGAGUCUCAGUUUAUGGAUGCUCGGAUUCUGGCGGGUCUCGAUCCGUAUGGUUCCAACGCUGGCUUAAUUGACCCGGAGACCGCGGCGAAUCUGCAUGUCUCGUGUACUCGUCCGGUCGGAGAAAGGCGCGAGGAACCGAUGCUUCCUAUCGAAAACCCUUUGACUGUUCUUGAGGAAGGGGUGCCUGGUCGAGGAGUCCGAGUCGAUGGAAAUAACGUUCCUGUCCUCGUGCUUUCGGACACUUCAGUCGAGGGUCGCGAUUCGCUGCCUCCAGAAGGGUCUCAUCGGGAUGGCGAGGAAAACACUGGCGAGGUGUCGGAGGAUGCUGCGGUGCGAGUCUCUCCGAUUGCCCGCGAAUCGAGCGUCAGGGCUUCGGAGCUUUCCGCCCUUAAUGAUCGCGAGAGUGAUCGGGAAGCUUAGUUUUCCUUGUUUGUUGUUUUCUUUUGAGUCUCAGAGGACUUAUGUUGUUGCCUUUUAGACUUUUGCCUUUCGAGGCUUUUACUUUGUUGUUCCUCUGUUACAACUCUUCGAAUCGUAUUAUCUAUUUGUCUUUUAUUGUACUCGUCUAUCAAAUGCAUGAUUUAUCAAGAUUUGAAGUGACUGUUUGUUUAGUAUAACAUUAUUCGAGAUA